AUGUACAGCGUUCACCGUCAGCUGCAUCAUUCAACUGUCAUCAAAUGUGCAGUCGAGUGUCAUUUCUUCAACAAGCAUGAAAACAACUUGGUUCUAGCUGGCAUCGAUGAGUUGUAUGUUUUCAGGGCAAGAAAAUGUGACCUUGGAGAUUCAGGCGUUAAUACAACAGUAAAGCUAGAGUGUUUGGCUUCUUAUAAAUUAUUUGGCAACAUUUUGUCACUUCAUUGUUUAAAAUCUGAAAAUUCUUGCAACGAUUCACUGCUUAUUGCCUUCAAGGAAGCUAAGCUUUCGUUGGUUAGUUACAGUGAAGUUGAAAAUGACUUGAAGACAAUUUCCUUGCACUGCUUUGAAAGCCUUUUAACACAAGAAGGUCGACAGAAACAUAAUUAUUUUGUUCCGCUGGUCCGAGUUGACGAGCUCAACAGAUGUGCAGUGUUGUUGGUUCAUGAUACAUUACUCGCCGUAGUGCCGUUGAGAAAUGCGAAUAUGCUACAUGAUAGUGCAUCAUCUUAUACGAUCGAUUUGAAGAAAUUAGACGAACGUGUCAUAAACGUGAAGGACAUUGACUUCCUUCACGGCUACUACGAACCCACUCUGGCAAUCCUCUUCGAACCACUGCCAACAUGGGCUGGACGUGUAGCAGUGCGGAAAGAUACCUGCCAUAUGGUGGCCUUGUCAAUAAAUAUGGAGCAGAGAGUUAGCCCCAUCAUCUGGUCUGUCAACAACUUGCCAUUCGAUUCCUCUCAACUCAUACCUGUCCAAAAGCCAAUUGGCGGCGUGUUGGUGGUGGCGUACAAUUCGCUAAUGUAUUUAAAUCAAAGUUUCCCGCCAUUCGGGGUGUCGCUGAACAGCAUGACGCACUUCUCCACAGACUUCAUUCUCAAGAAGCAAAACAUCAACAUAACACUGGACUGCUCUCGUUUCUGUCUGUUGUCAGCUGACAAGUUCAUUAUUUCCUUGAAGGGAGGGGAAUUGUUCAUAUUGUCACUCUUGGCUGAUGGCAUGAACUCCGUGAAGGGCUUUCAUUUCAACAAAGCAGCCUCCAGCGUUUUGACAUCUUGCAUCUGCCUGUAUGGUGGUCAUUAUGUUUUUCUCGGCUCACGAUUAGGCAAUUCAUUGUUGCUGAAAUACAGUGAAAGACUUGAUGAUCAAGUAGAGACCGGCAACCACGACAGUGAGGUUGAUAAAGAUUUUCAUGAUUGUCCCUUUUUAUUUUUUUCCUCUUUUUUACUUCCCGUAAUAGAAACGUUGGAGAUGGAUAUGUAUGGAGGGGACAAGACAUCAACUAACAAAACAUUCCAUUACUUUUUUGAGGUGUGUGACAGCCUGGUGAACAUUGGUCCUUGCGGGCACAUCGUCAUGGGGGAGGUUGCGUUUCUUUCUGAAGAAUUCUACAAUGCGAAGGAACCAAACGUCGAACUGGUGACGACGUCUGGUUGCAACAAAAAUGGCGCCAUUACAGUUUUGCAGAAAAGCAUCCACCCACAGCUAGUGACAACAUUUGAGCUGCCAGGCUGCGUCAACAUGUGGACUGCCAUUGGACAACGAAAAAAUGUUGAUAACGAAGAGUUUGUUAAUGAUUUGAGUCACUCGAUACUCGUCAUCAGUCGGAGGGACUCCAGCAUGAUCUUGAAGACUGGUCACGAAAUAAUGGAGAUUGAUAACAGUGAUUUCAUCACGCAAACUCCAACAAUAUAUGUCGGUAACAUGGGCAACAACCAAUAUAUAGUUCAAGUAUCACCUACUUCCGUGCGCUUGCUAUGUGGAGUCACCAGCAUCCAGGAAAUAAUCCUGGAGGAAGAUGUAUCGAUUGUCAGUUGCUCUGUGGCCGACCCCCAUCUAUCUUUACUUUCCAGCCAAGGGAUGAUCAUAUACUUCACACUUGUAACCAAUGAUUCGUCACCAGCUCAUUUUGUUAGAAACACACCUACUUGUUUGGAGAGUUACCCUGCAACGGCCAUUUGUUUGUUCGAAGACAAAUCAGGAUUGUUCAACAUUGAUAAUAUCGAAAUCAGCCAAAAGAAUGAUUCUGAAAUGAAAAAUUUCACAAAACCCAACAAAAUGUAUGUUGAUGAGGAUGAGUUAUUGUAUGGUGAAGCAACUAACGAACAGGAUAAUGAUGUCCAAAUGAAUGAUGAUUUACCUCAUGCGAAUCUUGAACACUCAUCCAGUUCCUUCUGGUUGUUUGUUUGCAGAAAAAAUGGUUUCUUGGAGAUUCUCAGUGUUCCCAGCUUCAAACCCCACUUUGGAACGUCCAGUUUGAUUGUUGGAGAGAGACACAUUGUUGAUGAUCUGGAAAGAGGUCCCACGGUUGAUAAUGAUCAGCUCUCUGGACUGGUGAUCGAUGAACUGCUCGUCGUUGGCAUGGGUUACAAACAACUGAGACCCCACAUCAUGGUUAUAAUAAACCAAGAGUUAAUGAUAUAUGAGGUCUUCAAAUCGGCUAAGAUAGUGAAUGGCUGUUUGAACAUUCGAUUCAAAAAAGUUGACCAUCGUCCAGUUGUCAACUUUUACAACAAAAUCAAUUGUGAAGGUGCAUAUAAAGUGACUUAUUUGAAGAAGUUUGAAAAUGUUUCAGGGCUAGAUGGAGUUUUUCUCUCUGGUCAGCGACCUUACUGGAUAUUUAUGACGUGCAGAGGAAUAUUGAGAAUGCACCCCAUGUAUAUAGACGGUCCCAUCAUUUGCUUCACGUCCUUCCACAAUGUCAAUUGCCCUCAGGGCUUUCUUUACUUCAAUUUCAAAAAUGAACUGCGGAUCGCUAUGUUACCUUCGCACUUGAAUUAUGAUUCUUGCUGGCCGUUUCGUAAAAUUCCCUUGAGAAGCACUCCCUACUAUCUCUGCUACCAUUUGGAGUCCAAGCUUUACGUGGUGAUAACCAGUCAAUCAGUUCCAUGUCAAAAGUUAAUUAGAAUUGUUGGCGAUAACGAAAAGGAAAUCGAAACCGUUGAGAAAGAUGCCCGAUUUGUCUAUCCCAAUAUUGAGCAGUUCUCUCUGAAGUUAUUCUCGCCGCUCAGUUGGGAGAUGAUUCCUCAGUGCAGCCACCAGUUCGAGGAGUUUGAGAGGGUGACCUGCAUGCAACUCAUCAGCUUCAAGUCGGAGGGCACCGCAUGUGGCUUGAAGGGUUACAUCGUGUGUGGCACGAGUUAUGCCUUCACCGAGGACAUACCCUGCAAGGGAAAAAUUUAUAUCUUUGAUGUAAUAGAAGUUGUUCCAGAACCUGGUGCACCUUUAACGAAAAAUAAGUUGAAGAUUGAAUAUCAAAAGGAGCAGAAAGGCGGGGUGAGUGCCAUAGCGGGCGUUCAGGGUCUUCUAGCAACUGCCAUUGGCCAGAAGAUUUACAUUUGGCAGUUUAAAGAUGGAGAUUUGAAAGGAGUUGCGUUUAUAGAUACUCAGAUGUAUGCGCACUCAAUUAUCGUCAUUAAAAGUCUGCUGCUGGUCGGUGAUAUCUGCAAAAGCGUAAGUUUAUUGCGAUUCCAAGAAGAGAUGAAAGUUUUAUCACUCGUUAGCAAGGAUACCAAUCUGAGAGAAAUUUAUUGUUUGGGGUUCCUUGUUAGCAACGAACAGUUAAAUUUUAUAGUGAGUGACUCAUAUAAAAAUCUGUCAGUAUUUUCCUACAUGCCGCAAAUGAAAGAUAGUCAUGGAGGCCAACGUCUUAUUCAACAAGCUGACAUAAACAUUGGCAGUCUGGUUAAUUCAAUGGUCCGAAUAAGGUGUACAAAAAGAAAACCGAACACUGAAAAUCUACAUUCUACAUAUUAUUGUACCCUUGAUGGCGGCAUCGGGUGCAUCUUACCGCUUGGUGAGAAAAUUUAUAGAAGGCUGCUGAUGCUGAAUUAUUUCUUGAGUUCCUGUAUACAUCACUACGCUGGUCUCGAUCCCAGAGUCUACACGUCUAUGAAGCAGGACUACAGAUGUCUCGCCACGUCGCACAAAGUCAUCCUCGACGAGCACCUCCUCCUUACGUUCUUCAGCCUAACUUUCCAGGAGAGGCAUGAGUUGGCUAAAAAAAUUGGGUCCUCCGUAGAACAGAUAAUGGCUGAUCUCGUUGAAUUUGAUCAUUUGACGUCACAUUUUUAAAAUUUAUUUUGGACAAUUUUGAAACAUUUUUCUAUUUAAAAAAAAAAUUUCCCUAAAA